GAGUGGUGUGCAACGUCUGGAAAGAGUCAGUGCUGGGUUGGUCACCAUGGGUGGUGUAACGAGACCAGUUUUCCUGUGGCUGCAAGUUGUGUUGGGGGUAACUCUCCACAGAGCCCGUCGGACUUUACUGCAGGCUGCCAUCCUCUUCUGCGUUUUAGCGCUGCUGGUCUGGGUGGCCGUCUUCCUCUAUGGUAGCUUCUACUACUCCUAUAUGCCCACCGUCAGCUUCUCUGCACCAGUGCACUACCACUACAGUUCCGACUGUGAUGCUACCAAUUCAGUCCUCUGCUCUUUCCCUGUGGCUAACAUCUCACUGCUGAAGAAUGGCAAAGACCAGGUUAUGAUCUAUGGUCAGCCAUAUCGAAUCUCUUUAGAGCUGGAAAUGCCUGAGUCGCUUGUCAACAAACAGCUUGGCAUGUUCAUGAUUAAGAUGUCUUGCUACACCAACGAUGGCCAGACAGUUGCAGCUGUGGUGCGCUCUGCUAUGCUGCACUACCGCUCUGGUCUUCUGCAGACCUUGAAUACAUUACUGUUCUCUCCUCUCCUACUGACUGGGAUGACAGAGCAGAAGCAGCUCCUUGAGGUUGAGCUCUUCUCAGACUACAAGGCCAAUUCUUAUCAACCCACUGUUGGCGCUGUCAUUGAGAUUCAGUCUAGGCGGGUGCAGGUCUAUUCAGCUCAGCUCAGGAUCCAUGCUUCCUUCACUGGCAUCAGAUACCUCCUGUACAAUUUCCCGGUGAUGUCUGCAGUGAUCGGUGUGGCCAGCAACUUGGCCUUCCUCAGUGUCAUUGUGCUCUUUGGAUACCUACAGUUUAUAUGGGGGGGACUUUGGCCUCCCGAGCAGGUCAGGGUUAUGAUGGGAGACACAACUUGCAUGCAGUGGAGAAGAGAAGAGGCUCGGAAGCGCAUGUCCUUCUCACAAACUAAAAUUCCUCAGAAAGACAAUGAUCAUGUUGCUGAGUAGUUGGAAGAACCUAGACAAGAAGCAUCAGUAAUACAGAAAGGAAGAUGAACUCACUGAAGUCUGAGAUUUCCCAGUUCCGAGUUUCCAGUUUUUUGGAUGCGGCAGAAGUCAUGCUGGAUUGACAACAUGGCCAAUGUAUUCAACCUUUUCUGGCCUAUGGUAUUGCAUGUGAAUGUUUAUCCUUUAAAGCUUGGAAAAGAAACCCUUAAACUCAGACAUGGACCACACACCCUCUCCACUGAGUAGCAGGCUAGUGAUUGCUUUGCAACGCUUACAGUUAGCAAUUGAUUCCUUCCAAACCACUCAUUGUUGAAUUUGUGAUUUCCAACUUGUUGUCUAAUGUUUACGUCCAAUGGCCGAUGAGCACCGAUACGUUUUAUCUAUAAUUUUUCUUCAUAUGACAAGGAUUGAAAAGGAUUUGCGAGUAAAUGAUCGACUUGAUUCAUGAUGAUGACUGCUAGUCUAGCUUGCUAGCUAAGAUUUUUAAAGAAUCAGUCCAAUCAAAGCUACGGUAUAUAUAACGUGAUUUGACGUCAUUUUAUCUGUAGCCAAUGACCUUGAGCCUUCUUGGAUGGGCACUUCUAAUGUAAAUAUGUGGUAGCACCCAAGGAGCUUCAAUUUUCAAGCUAUGUAGAUUUUGUGACGACGUAGUAUCCCCAUGAGCGACAGAACACUGAGCCAAUCACGGCACAACUAGACAACAUUAGCAACCCCUACGCUCUGUAUUUUCCCCACCACCACAGAAAGCACUGAGCUAGGCUGAAACACCUGCAUUUUGGAGCUGCCUUACUCACGAAAGGAAAAAUAGACCAUGUUUGUAUGCGGUUUCGUUAACUCAUAAAAAAAAAUUUUUUUAUAAUAAAUUACAUUAUUUGCAAACUGAUAUGUGACACGUAUUGAUGGCAAAACAGGCAACAAAAUUAUUGUUGAUAUACAAUAUUUUGGGAUAUUUCAGUGAUUUAGAUGGUUCUCUACUUUCUCUAUGCUUGUUUUAUCACAUACACUGAAAUUAGGCAAACUAUUAGAAUUUAAGAAACCAGCAAUUUUAAAUAAACUGAUGUUGAUUUAAUUUA